AGAGGGAUAGUGCCCCCUUCCUUUCUCCCCCGCCUCCCCGCGCGGGCGGCAGUUGUGAUUUCUCCUCGCACACGAGCCGCCCGAACCGUUGAGGCGGGGAGAGCAGAGUUGAGAGAGGCUAGAGCGCCGAGCGGAGCAGUAGAGCUCUGUUGUGAUAGAGCGGCCCCAUGCCGAACACAGAGGCCAUGGUGAAACUGGGCACGGACAUUUCCGGAUGUGACGUAAAACUGCCAGGUGUCGGGAAAUCAUGCCUCUUGCUACAGUUCACAGAUAAACGGUUCACAGCGAUCCAUGACUUGACAAUUGGUGUGGAGUUCGGGGCACGGAUGAUCAACAUUGACAACAACAAGAUCAAACUGCAGAUUUGGGACACGGCUGGGCAGGAAUCCUUCCGAUCCAUCACCCGCUCAUACUACAGGGGAGCAGCUGGGGCACUGCUGGUGUAUGACAUCACCAGACGUGAGACCUUUAAUCACCUGACCUCGUGGCUAGAAGAUGCCAGGCAGCACUCCAGCUCACACAUGGUGAUCAUGCUGAUCGGCAAUAAGAGUGACCUAGAGAACCGGCGGGCUGUAAUGAGGGAAGAAGGCGAGGCUUUUGCCCAGGAAUAUGGCUUGAUUUUCAUGGAGACCUCAGCUAAGACGGCAUCCAACGUGGAGGAGGCCUUCCUCUACACAGCUAAAGCCAUCUUUAGAAAGAUCCAAGAAGGCCAGUUUGAUCUUAGCAAUGAGGGAAAUGGCAUCAGGAUUGGCCCACAGCAGCCAUUGGGUAUAUACUCAGGUCCUGCCAUCAGUCAAGGUCCACAGGGCUCCGGAGACCGAUCGGGUUGCUGCUGAGUACCUCCGAAACCCAUCCAGGCAUGUGCGGAAGCUACACAGAGGGUGCCCCCCCUCUCUCUCCCCCCCCCACCCCAUUUGAUUUCAGGCACCACGCUGGGGAUGGGGAUCUUCUGGUCCUGCCCUCACCCCUGUUGCAACCUACCUCUGCCCUACAGGUGUGGAAUCGGGACCAUCGGGACCUAGAGUUGUUUCUUGGUGGGUGCUAUUAAGACCUCUUCCAAAAGCCUCCAAAACCAACAGUCUGUCCGACAGUCCAAACCUCCUGACCUUCCUUACAGGGGAGGGGUGCUUCCAGCUCCUCCUUAGCCUUAUUUUUAGCAGUUGCCUCUCCCACUGUUGGCGGUUCCCAUUUCCUGCAUUGGGUUCAUGGUACCUUGGGGUCAGCCGUCCAGGCUAUCCUUCACUCUACCUGACCUUGGAUGAUAAGCAAUGCUGCACUGUUAUUUUGUUUCGUAUUAAAUGUUUCCCAUGUUUGA